GCAUUCAGUUCGUCGAUAACCAUAGAACGAAGAGGACUGCCUCUUUUUUUAAGAAGAAUUAUUGUUUUCGUUGACAAUUCGUUGCCGUUAUUUAGUUAAUCUUUUUCCGCUGCUUCUUUUAUCCUGAAAUAAGAUCUGUGGACACUUUAUUAUGUUUUAUAUUUCGUCUCAUUAAUUAAAUUGUUGUUAUUGGUUAAUACAGGAUAUUUUCUUACAAUCAUCAAUUGCUUAGAAAGAGAGACGAAUCUAACCGUAAGGUUUGAUGUAAUCAUGUGGAUCGUUCUACCAGUGCUCAAAUUUAUCAUAUCUAUAUUUAUUGAAAUUAUGAGAAGUAUUAUGAAGUUAUUUAUUCCGUUGAAAUAUCAAAUGAAGGACAUUUCUGGCGAAAUUGCUCUCGUCACAGGUGCUGCCGGAGGUCUUGGAAGAGCAUUAGCCAUCGGUUUAGCUAAUCAUGGUGUCAUCGUUGUCAUUUGGGACAUCAAUCAGAAGGGUAUCGAAGAAACGAUGGAAUUGAUAAAAGCAGCGGGUGGUACUUGUUAUGGAUACGUUUGCGAUGUUCGUAAUCGCGAUGAUAUUUAUAAAACGGCUGAAAUAGUUAGAGAAGAAGUUGGUCAGGUAAACAUCUUGGUUAAUAAUGCAGGAGUGAUAAAUAUUGGAAAUUUCUUGGAUAUUCCAGAUAAUCUUCUUAAUCGUACAAUGGAAAUAAAUAUCAUGAGUCAAUUUUGGACAGUAAAAGCAUUUCUCCCGGCGAUGAUAAAAAGCAAUAAAGGUCAUAUUGUAAGUAUAGCGAGUGCAGCUGGUCAUGUGGGGUGUCCAAAACUAGUUGAUUAUUGUACCUCAAAGCACGCAGUUACUGGAUUCAUUGAAUCAUUACGAUUAGAAUUAGAGUACGAGGGAUAUAAUAUCAAUACUACAAUAAUAUCUCCUUACAUCAUUCGCAAUACGGGCAUGAAUAUAGGCAGAAUUGCUCGGUUUGCAUCGUCUCUCAGUUCGAAUGAAGUCGCUGAAAAAACGAUAAUAUCCUUACGAUGUAACAAACAUAUUGUUGUUAUACCAGCAUUCCUUAAUAUUCUAAUAAUUUUGAAAUGGAUAAUGACAUGGGAUUUCUUUGGUAUGAUAAUUUAUUCUUUAAUCAACUAUGAUAUUUUAUCCAGCUAUGAACCGAUAAAGGGAUCAUCAGUAAAACAAAGUCCAAUAAAGCCCAAAAUUGUCGAGCGAAAUAUUAAUAAUUAACUGGUCGUAUAUUUUCAGUUCUUUAUUUGCGCAUCUCUAUUAUAAUCAUUACUUAUAAUUUAAGUAGACUAAUCAGACAAUUAAUUAAAAAUAAUCAAGUCAAAUAAUGAAUUAGUAUGCAUUUCAUUUCCGAUAAGAAUAUAACUAAUAUAUACAAAUGUUUAUAGAUAAUCUUGCAUGACUGUUUUUUUUUGAUAUCGUGGAGAAUGUUAUCUCGACAUUAUAGAAACGUUUGCUUGUCUACGUGCUUCUUUAAAAAAUAUUGAUAUACUUUAUAUUUUUUUUUUUAAAUUUCACAUAUCAAUUCUUAUUUUUUAUGAGCAGUCUUGCUUUUUUGAUAAAUUAUAGUUAGCAAUGUUGUAGACGAUUGCUUCAUGAUGUAACAUUGAUCUUACUUUUGUUUUAUAUGUUACUAAUUGUGCAUUUAAAUCUGCUUUCUUAUUGUUUCAAGCGUAUUAUUAUUCCUUAUUGUUUUUAAAUCUAUCUUUAUUAACUAUAUUAAAUUAUAUUAAAUCUAUUUUAAAACUUAGUCCUAGAAGCUCGAUAAAAAAUUUUUUCUUUAGUAUUUAGUUAUUAAUAGUUAUUAAUUAUUCUCUAUUUGGUGUUAGAAAAUUUGAGGUCUGAAGUGGUUGAUAAUUUAUGUCAUUUAUUUAAUAAAUUUUGUAAUUGUA